CAAUGCAUGGAGCAGACUUGUAACCAGUUUACAUCAUCUUCAGCAUGAAGAUAACCACAGUGCCAAUACUACUGAGCCUGACUCUUUGCCUCAUACAAGAUGCUGCCAGUGAGGUUGAAAAUCAGGAAAUGUGCAAUGAGUAUCGGGUGUUGAUGAACAAUGGGAAGUUGUUCUGUUCCCAGGAUAAAAACCUCCAAAGCCCUAAUGGAAUAAUGUCCCUCAACAAAUGUGCCAAAUGCAAAAUGAUAUUGGAAAAAGAAACAAGAACUCAGGAAAGGUACAGUCAGUUAGCAAUAGCCCCUGCCCCAGCAAAGGAUGUUUGCAGUGCUUUCCGGCCUUAUGUGAAGAAUGGAAGACUCGGGUGCACAAGGGAAAAUGAUCCAGUUCUUGGUCCUGAUGGGAGGACACAUGGCAAUAUGUGUGCGAUGUGUGCUGAGCUGUUCUUAAAAGAAGCUGAAGAAAAUAACAAGCAACAAGAUAUAAUCAGAGUUCUACGAAGUGCUGAAAUGGAUUUUUGCAAGGAAUAUGAAGAGCAAGCGAAGAAAGGAAGACUUUAUUGUACACGGGAGAGUGACCCAAUCCGUGGCCCUGACGGCAGGAUACAUGGCAACAAAUGUGCCCUGUGUGCAGACUUUUUGAAACGGCAUUUUUUAGAAGAACAGAACGCAAAUGAAAACCAGAGAAAGGCUGAAGAAAAACUUAAAGUAAAAAGAGAAACUGAGAAACUCUGCAGUGAAUAUCAGGGCCGUGCAAAGAAUGGAAUGCUUUUCUGUACCCGAGAAAAUGACCCCGUCCGUGGUCCAGAUGGGAAAAUGCACGGCAACUUGUGUUCCAUGUGUCAAGCCUUCUACCAAGCAGAAAUGGAAGAAAAGAAAAAGGCAGAAGCAAGAAAUAAGAGAGAACCUAAGAAAACACCCUCAUUUGCAGAGCUGUGCAGUGAAUACCGCAAGAUCGUGAGGAAUGGCAGACUCCCUUGCCCCAGAGAGAACGACCCCAUCCAGGGCCCAGAUGGGAAAAUGCAUGACAACACCUGCUCCAUGUGUGAGGCCUUCUUUCAACAAGAGGAGAAAGCAGCAGCAAAGGAGCAAGAGCAAGCAACACCAAAGGUGAAAGCAAUAGCAAAGGAGCAAGCAACAGCACAGGCUACACCGCAAGCUGCGAAGGAACUCUGCGGUGAGUUUCGGAACCAAGUGAGGAACGGGGUGCUCACAUGCACCGGGGAGAAACACCCUGUCCAAGGCCCAGAUGGCAGAAUGCACGAGAACCAGUGUGCCUUGUGUGCAAGUGUGUUUCAACUUGAAGAAGAACAGAGAAAACAUAAUACGAAGCAAGGAACGGUGAAAGCUGGAGCUGAGAAAGUUAAGAGAGGAACAGUACAGGAGCUGUGCAGUGAAUACCGUAACCAUGUGAAGAAUGGACGACUUCCCUGCACCAGAGAGAGCGACCCCAUCCAGGGCCCAGAUGGGAAAAUGCAUGACAACACCUGCUCCAUGUGUGAGGCCUUCUUUCAACAAGAGGAGAAAGCAGCAGCAAAGGAGCAAGCAACAGCAAAGGAAAUCUGCGGUGAGUUUCGGAACCAAGUGAGGAACGGGGUGCUCACAUGCACCGGGGAGAAACACCCUGUCCAAGGCCCAGAUGGCAGAAUGCACGAGAACCAGUGUGCCUUGUGUGCAAGUGUGUUUCAACUUGAAGAAGAACAGAGAAAACAUAAUACGAAGCAAGGAACGGUGAAAGCUGGAGCUGAGAAAGUUAAGAGAGGAACAGUACAGGAACUCUGCAGUGAGUUUCGGAACCAAGUGAGGAACGGGGUGCUCACAUGCACCGGGGAGAAACACCCUGUCCAAGGCCCAGAUGGCAGAAUGCACGAGAACCAGUGUGCCUUGUGUGCAAGUGUGUUUCAACUUGAAGAAGAACAGAGAAAACAUAAUACGAAGCAAGGAACGGUGAAAGCUGGAGCUGAGAAAGUUAAGAGAGGAACAGUACAGGAGCUGUGCAGUGAAUACCGUAACUAUGUGAAGAAUGGACGACUUCCCUGCACCAGAGAGAACGACCCCAUCCAGGGCCCAGAUGGGAAAAUCCAUGGCAACACCUGCUCCAUGUGUGAGGCCUUCUUCCAGCAAGAAGCAAAAGAAAAAGAAAAAGCUGAAGCCAGAACACAGGUUAAGAGAGAAACUGAAAAGGACACAUGCAGUGAAUUCCGGAGCCUUUUGCAGAAUGGAAAUCUCUUCUGCACACGAGAAAAUGAUCCCGUGCGUGGCCCAGAUGGCAAGACCCAUGGCAACAAGUGUGCCAUGUGUAAAUCAGUCUUCCAGAAAGAAGAUGAAGAAAGAAAGAGGAAAGAAGCAGAAAAGCAGAGGAUUGCCACAGAUCAUGGUUCCGACGGUGGUAAAGGAGGGCAAACUCAGGACCAGUGUGCUGAGUUUCUGGGAAAUAUGAAAAAUGGAAAACUCAGCUGUACCCGGGAGAGCGAUCCCGUACGGGAUGCCAGUGGCAAAAUGUACAACAACAAGUGCUCCAUGUGUAAAGAGAUCCUGGAAAGACAAGCAAGUGGAAACAAUGGGUAUACUGGCUAUAGAGCAAAUAGGACUGAAUCAGCAUCAAAGGAUGUGUGUGAUGAGUUUAGAGACAGGAUGAAAAACGGACAACUUAUCUGCACCCGAGAAAGUGACCCUGUCCGUGAUGCAGAUGGCAAGAUGCAUGGCAAUAAGUGUGUUAUGUGUAAGGAAAAACUGGAAAGGGAAGCAGCUGAAAGAAAGAAGAAAGAGGAUGAAGAGAAGCGAAACAAAGGGCAAACGAGUAAUGAAAACCAGGAUCAGUGUCAAGAAUUCCGGAGCAUGGUGAGAGACGGAAAGCUCAUCUGCACCCGAGAAAACGACCCCGUUCGCGGACCCGACGGGAAGAUGCACGUCAACAAGUGUGCGAUGUGUCAGAGCAUCUUUAACCGAGAAGCUAGUGAUAGAAAACAGAACGAACAAGAAAGAUCACACGACAGGCCUUCAAAUGAUAAAAAGGAGCAGUGCAGAGAGGUUCAGAAAGGAACGGAGAGUGGAAAGCCUGGGCAGUCUGGCCAUUCCGUGGCCUCCAUUGCCAGGAUCAGUGCAGACGAGUGCGCUCACUUUCGAGGACACCUGAGGACUGGCGAGCUCCUGUGCACUCGGGAGUAUGACCCUGUGCGUGGUGCUGAUGGGAAGUUUUAUAAAAACAAGUGCUUCUUGUGUAGAGCUAUCUUUCAAAAAGAAGCUUUGGAAAGGGCAACCCUUCAAGAAAUUCCAUCCCAAAUUAAAUCUUCCGAAGGGAAAGGCAGCCCAGAUUCCUUCAGUUCUGUCCUGGAUUCUGAGAUGUGCAAACACUACAGAGUAUUGCCCAAGAUGGGUUACCUUUGCCCAAAGAAUUUACAGCCUGUCUGUGGUGAUGAUGGCCAGACAUACAACAAUCCGUGCAUGCUCUGUCAUGAAAACCUAAUACGCCAAACCAAUAUCCGCAUACUCAGCGAAGGGCCUUGUGAGCAGAGCAACAGGCUGAAAUCGACUUUCGGCACGCCAAUAUGUUUCAAAUGAUGCAAGGAUUGGUGAAAACCUUGAGGGACAAUGUGUACCCCAAAUCUGCAUUGCCUACCUUCACCAUAUGUAUAUACAGAGAAUUCUUCGAAGCUCAUCUAAUUUACUGUAGAAAACAAUAGAGAACUGUUGGGGGAAUGGACUCACUGACUUUCAGUAUUCUCCACCUCUUUCCUCCUGGAUUCUGCAAUCAGAGGGCACAGAGACAUCUCCACCCAGCCCGUGCUCUGCAGACCUCCCGUUCACAAUGCUGUCUGUCCAAUUACUUGUUCAAUAAAGUAAA